AUGAAGCUUCAAACUGAGGCAGCCAACGUUCUAUCACGAACAUCUGCGUACCUACAAUCGGGAGUGAUUAAAAAGAAGCCUGUAUGGUUCGACAUAGUCGCGAAAUAUCCCCCAAAACAUAAUCUUGUCAAGAAACCAUACAUACACGGGGCCAACUCAACUGAUCCUAGAAAUGAGUUACUCAAGCCAAAGGACCAACCAUUACAGAAAUCACAGCUUUUCAAAACACGCCCAACUUCAAAUGAAAUUGCAAACAAAAACAAUCAGAUUCAUCGUAUACCAAAAUUGAAAUUCCUAGAAGACGAAUUGAGAAACUAUUUUUACUUGCAACAUCCUUGGGAAUUGUCAAGACCAAAGAAUCUCAUUGAAAAUAAUGGUGAUGAAAUACUGAAAAAAUGUGAUUGGAGUCACAUGUUGCAAUUGAACAAACCAUUGGAUGGGGAAUCGGUUAUCCAACGAGCCAUGUAUCUUUUGCAAAAUGACGAUAAGGUGAAAGAUAUCUUUGAAGCGUACGACCUAGCAAGGUUUGAAUUCUAUCGAUUGCGCAUGGCAGAGGAAAUGGAAAGCCACAUAGCUAAAGAGGAAAGCGUUAUGUACGGAGCUGUCUAUGAAUCAACUAAUAUUGAUUGGAAUUUGACUACAGAACAAAAUUAUAUUGAUAACUGGGUUAAAUUGGCUGCUGGGCAAACUCAAGUAUUAGAGGCCAAUGCCAAUAGAUCACAAGCACCAAGUGGCUCAUUGGUGGAGGAAGAGAAAUCUAGAGCUUCGUUAUUUGAGAGUUUGUUGCUGGUUAAUAACGACGUUUCUGAUGAGAUUAAGAGAGCUAAUGGUGGAGAAUAA